UCGGGGGCAGCGGGACGCCGCGGUUGAAGGCGCGCGUGGGCGGCGGGGGCUCAGGGUGGAAGGAAAGUUACAGGAUGUCAGAGAAAGAUGCCUCCGGGGAAGAGGCGAGCUAAAGCCUGGAUGCCACUACCUGCCUCAAGACACGUGGGAGACGGGGGCGAGGCUGGUGUCAAAGAUCCAGGGUUCCGUGCCCUGAGUUCAGGGAAUUAGUUUGAUGUAGGUCAUAGGUCGCACACAGAGGGAUCCCAGCCACUAUGGAGGACCCGCAUCCUGAAGAGACCAUGGAGCAGCAGGAUUCGUCCAAGGAGAGGAGUCCCCGCAGUCCAGGAGGCGACGUGUGCCACCUGGGGGCCCCGCAGUGCACCCGCUGCCUCAUCACCUUCGCCGAUUCCAAGUUCCAGGAGCGUCACAUGAAGCGGGAGCACCCAGCGGACUUCGUGGCCCAGAAGCUGCAGGGGGCUCUCUUCAUCUGCUUCACCUGUGCCCGCUCCUUCCCCUCCUCCAAGGCCCUGAUCGCCCAUCAGCGUGGCCACGGUCCAGCCACCAGGCCCUCCGUGCCAGUUGCACCCGCCGCUGCCCCGCCUACCUUCCCCUGUCCUGACUGUGGCAAGACCUUUGGGCAGGCUGCUUCUCUGAGGCGGCACCGCCAGGCGCAUGAGACCCGCACCCCUCCUGGCCCCUUCGCCUGCACUGAGUGUGGUCAGGACUUUGCCCAGGAGGCUGGGCUGCAUCAACACUACAUCCGGCAUGCCCGGGGGGAGCUCUGAGUGAAGGUUAAGCCCUCCCUAGGGCAGCGGGGGUUCUGUGGCUGCUGGAACCCACCUCUGGUAUAGGAUGGGGGCCUUGGAAGGAUUUGCUUCCCUGCCGGGACAGGCAAAGGACUUCUGAUAAAUAGGACCCAGAAGAUUUCUCAUCUAGAGCUUCAGUCUUUGGAGGACACAAAGGCCUUCAGGGAUACAGUGAAAUUAGACCAUAGUGAAAUCUUUUGUUUAAAAAAAAAAAAGCAAGCAAAAGGGAAAAUUGUUGUAUCUCCCUCAUUCCCAAUUAAAUAGUUUGAAAUCACAACUAGCUA